AUGAUGACCAUGACUGCGAUGGCUGACGGUCUGGAGGCUCAGGACUCGUCCAAGUCUGCUUUCAUGGAGUUUGGGCAGCAGUCGCACUCACAGCAGAGCUCUCCGUCCAUGGCCAGCAGCCACUAUCCGCUGCACUGUCUCCACUCCGGCUCCCACUCCCACCACCAGCACGACAGCACCGCGUACACCGGGACCAACACCUACAACAGGUCGCUACCCUACCCCUACGUGAGCCACGCUCACCACAGCCCCUACCUGCCCUCCUACCACAGCAACACGGGAGGACAGACCAGGUUAGACGGCACAGAGCAGCAGAAGACGACGGUGAUUGAAAAUGGGGAAAUUCGUUUUAAUGGGAAAGGCAAGAAGAUUCGCAAGCCUCGGACAAUUUAUUCCAGUUUGCAGCUCCAAGCACUGAACCACCGUUUCCAGCAGACACAAUACCUCGCUUUACCGGAGCGAGCCGAGCUGGCUGCCUCUUUAGGACUGACACAGACCCAGGUAAAGAUUUGGUUCCAGAAUAAGAGGUCAAAGUUCAAGAAGCUGCUCAAGCAAGGAGGCAACCCGCAUGAGAGCGACCCUAUGCCGGGCUCCAUGUCCCUGUCCCCUCGCUCCCCGACCAUCCCUCCCAUAUGGGACGUCUCGGCCUCUUCCAAAGGAGUAAACAUGCCGGCCAACAGCUACAUGCCCGGCUACUCUCACUGGUACUCCUCCCCACAUCAAGAUUCCAUGCAGAGAUAG